GGCGGCUGAGCGCUCCGCCGCGCCCGCCCUGCCAUCUUAGGUGCCGUGCCCCGCCGCCUUUGUGCCCGCCGCGCCCGGGCACCCGCGGGGGCCGGGCCCGACGCCCCUCCGGGGGCGCCUCCCCCCGCGGGGCCGCCGCCCCUUGCCCCGCUCCUCCUCCUCCUCGUUCUCCUCCUCCUCCUCCUCCGCGGGGGGCCGACCGGCGCUCCCAGCCCGGCUGCGGCGGAGGUAAUCCAUGCUGAAGAGGCUCCAUUCAUACAGAUGAGCCAAGGGUUGAAGCAGCACUUUAAACCCAGAUAGUCGGUCGGCUGACUGCCCAGCAGGAUGCCAUCAACCAGCCGAGCGGGCAGCCUGAAGGACCCCGAAAUUGCAGAGCUCUUCUUCAAAGAAGAUCCAGAAAAGCUCUUCACAGAUCUCCGAGAGAUUGGCCAUGGAAGCUUCGGAGCAGUUUAUUUUGCACGUGAUGUGCGCACCAAUGAAGUGGUGGCCAUCAAGAAAAUGUCAUAUAGUGGGAAGCAGUCCAAUGAGAAAUGGCAGGAUAUUAUUAAGGAAGUCAAGUUCCUCCAAAGAAUAAAACACCCCAACAGUAUAGAAUACAAAGGCUGCUAUCUGCGGGAGCAUACAGCAUGGCUUGUUAUGGAAUACUGUUUAGGAUCAGCAUCAGACUUACUAGAAGUUCAUAAAAAGCCAUUGCAAGAAGUGGAAAUAGCAGCAAUUACCCAUGGUGCUCUCCAGGGAUUAGCAUACUUGCAUUCUCACAAUAUGAUCCAUAGAGAUAUCAAGGCAGGGAACAUCCUGCUGACAGAGCCAGGACAGGUGAAACUUGCUGACUUUGGGUCUGCUUCCAUAGCAUCUCCUGCCAACUCAUUUGUGGGGACGCCAUAUUGGAUGGCCCCAGAAGUGAUUUUAGCCAUGGAUGAAGGGCAGUAUGAUGGCAAAGUAGAUGUUUGGUCUCUUGGAAUUACCUGUAUUGAGUUAGCGGAAAGGAAGCCUCCUUUGUUUAACAUGAACGCAAUGAGUGCCUUAUAUCACAUAGCGCAGAAUGAAUCCCCUACACUACAGUCUAAUGAAUGGUCUGAUUAUUUUCGAAACUUCGUAGAUUCUUGCCUCCAGAAAAUUCCUCAAGACAGGCCUACAUCAGAGGAGCUUCUGAAGCACAUGUUUGUUCUUCGAGAGCGACCCGAAACAGUGUUAAUAGACCUGAUUCAGAGAACAAAGGAUGCAGUGAGAGAACUGGACAACCUGCAGUAUCGUAAAAUGAAGAAGCUUCUCUUCCAGGAGGCCCACAAUGGCCCUGCAGUGGAAACACAGGAGGAGGAGGAGGAACAAGAUCAUGGUGUGGGCAGGACGGGAACAGUGAACAGUGUCGGAAGCAAUCAGUCCAUUCCUAGUAUGUCUAUCAGUGCCAGUAGCCAAAGCAGUAGUGUUAACAGUCUUCCAGAUGCCUCGGAUGAUAAGAGCGAGCUGGAUAUGAUGGAGGGGGACCACACCGUGAUGUCAAACAGCUCUGUCAUUCAUCUAAAGCCGGAGGAAGAGAACUACAGAGAGGAGUCGGAUCCUCGGACAAGGGCAUCAGAACCCCAGUCUCCUCCCCAAGUGUCUCGCCACAAGUCUCAUUAUCGGAACCGAGAGCACUUUGCUACCAUACGCACAGCGUCGCUGGUGACAAGGCAAAUGCAGGAACAUGAGCAGGACUCUGAGCUCCGAGAGCAGAUGUCUGGCUAUAAACGUAUGAGAAGGCAGCACCAGAAGCAGCUGAUGGCAUUAGAGAAUAAACUGAAGGCAGAGAUGGACGAGCACCGCCUCAGGUUGGACAAAGAUCUCGAAACACAGCGUAACAAUUUUGCUGCAGAAAUGGAAAAGCUAAUUAAAAAGCACCAAGCAGCCAUGGAAAAAGAGGCUAAAGUGAUGGCCAACGAAGAGAAGAAGUUCCAACAGCAUAUUCAGGCCCAACAGAAAAAAGAAUUGAACAGUUUCCUGGAGUCCCAGAAGAGAGAAUAUAAACUCCGUAAAGAGCAGCUGAAAGAGGAGCUGAAUGAAAACCAGAGCACUCCAAAGAAGGAGAAGCAGGAGUGGCUCUCUAAGCAGAAGGAGAACAUCCAGCAUUUCCAGGCAGAAGAAGAGGCCAACUUACUGAGGCGUCAGAGGCAGUACUUGGAGCUGGAGUGUCGCCGCUUCAAGAGACGGAUGCUCCUGGGCCGCCACAACCUGGAGCAGGACCUGGUUCGGGAGGAGCUAAACAAAAGGCAGACACAGAAGGACCUGGAGCACGCCAUGCUGCUGCGUCAGCACGAGUCCAUGCAGGAGCUGGAGUUCCGCCAUCUCAGCACCAUCCAGAAGAUGCGCUGCGAGCUGAUCCGGCUGCAGCACCAGACCGAGCUCACCAACCAGCUGGAGUACAACAAGCGCCGCGAGCGGGAGCUGCGCCGCAAGCACGUCAUGGAGGUCCGGCAGCAGCCCAAGAGCCUGAAGUCAAAAGAACUACAGAUAAAGAAGCAGUUUCAGGAUACAUGCAAGAUCCAAACCAGACAGUACAAAGCACUGAGAAACCAUCUGCUGGAGACCACGCCAAAGAGUGAACAUAAAGCUGUCCUCAAACGGCUCAAGGAGGAGCAGACCCGGAAGCUGGCUAUCCUGGCUGAGCAGUAUGAUCACAGCAUUAAUGAAAUGCUCUCUACACAAGCUCUGCGUUUGGAUGAGGCACAGGAAGCAGAGUGCCAGGUUUUGAAGAUGCAGCUGCAGCAAGAAUUGGAGCUGCUGAACGCAUAUCAGAGUAAAAUCAAGAUGCAGGCAGAAGCCCAGCAUGAUCGGGAGCUGCGUGAUCUGGAGCAGAGGGUGUCCCUCCGCCGGGCCCUCCUGGAGCAGAAGAUUGAGGAGGAGAUGCUGGCGUUGCAGAACGAGCGCACCGAGCGGAUACGAAGCCUGCUGGAGCGCCAAGCUCGCGAGAUCGAAGCCUUUGACUCAGAAAGCAUGAGGCUAGGUUUUAGUAAUAUGGUUCUUUCUAAUCUCUCCCCCGAGGCGUUCAGCCACAGCUACCCGGGAGCUUCUGGCUGGUCCCACAAUCCUACUGGGGGUGCAGGACCUCACUGGGGUCAUCCCAUGGGUGGCCCACCGCAAGCUUGGGGCCAUCCAAUGCAAGGUGGACCUCAGCCAUGGGGUCACCCCUCGGGGCCCAUGCAGGGGGUACCUCGAAGUAGUGCUAUAGGGGUCCGCAACAGCCCCCAGGCUCUGAGGCGGACAGCUUCUGGGGGACGGACGGAGCAGGGCAUGAGCAGGAGCACAAGUGUUACUUCACAAAUAUCCAAUGGUUCACACAUGUCUUAUACAUAACUUAAACAAUAACUGAGGGUGGCAAUUCCACUGGAGCUGUCUGCCAACAGAAACUGCCUACAGACACCAGCCCAGCAGCCUCCUCAGUGCGGUGCUGACGUGUGGAAGCUGGGUGCACAUGGAAUAUUGUAUUCAUUUUGUAAAGCAUUACGUUUUGUGUUUACUAACUGGGAUGUCAUAGUAUUUGGCUGCAGGGUUUUGGGGGGUGGUUUUUGGUUUUUUGUUUUGUUGUUGUUUUUUUGUUUUGGUUUUUUUUUUUUUUUUUACAUUUUGGAGGGGUCUUGGGAGGGCAUCUGAGAAAUAUAUGCAAUUAGUCAGAAGAGUUGGCUGGUGGUCAUCAUACUGACAGGAAAGAAGGGCCUCAGACUGCCCUCAUCAUGCCAUCCAUGUAGGAAGUCUGAGGGAGAAUGGAGACCUCUUCCCAUGUCCAUGAAUUUCGAUCUGCCACCCUGCAAAAACCAGGCAAGCUGCCUUUAAACCAACAUCCAGGGGAGGAACAGCUGGAUCUUCUGUUCCAUUUUUAUUUGUCAUUAAAUUGGAUAAAUUUCUAGGGUAUUGCCUCUGCCAGGAGGCAUUUUCAAAGAGUUGUAGGUGAGGAAGAAGGUGAGAAGAGAGGCCAAGAGACACCAGGGCUCAACAGGGCCCUUCUACCCAAGUGCGCGCUCCGUGUCGUGUAAGAAGUGACGUUCUGUCAGAAGGCACUGGUCAGCUUCCCGAGAACUCUGUAGGUAAACCUGUCUGGGGGAACAGGCUAGGAAUGUUUGAAAUGGUCUAUCUGCUUUGGCACUCCCUGACUGUGCUGCUGGUAGCUCAGAUGAGGUUGGGCAGAGGAGCGUAAGUAAUGCACUUGUACAGCUAAUACUGUGACAUCUCAUUUUAGCUAAGCAUCAGAAUAAUUCUUGGAGCCCAGCGUAGUCCUUUUUGCUCCAUUCAGAAAUGUUUAGACUUUCAGCCAAUCAGUCUCAAAUGCCAGAGGUGUUUUGAAGGAUGCCAUAGUCACAAAAUGCCAUUGAUCGGGUUUUUCAUUAUUACACUACAUCCACCAAUUUAUUACCUUUUUGGCUUGUUGCAAUUUCCUGUUUACAUGUAGCGUGUAGCCAACUGUUGAAAUGUUUAGUUGCCAUGGUGUACCAGGAGGAGCUGAGCCAAUGACUCUUUCCCAGCUGAUGACUAACCCACAUCACCACUGUAGAUCUUGCUGCAUGUGAGGCUCCUUUUUUAUUGUUUUCAUUGCUGCAAUACUUCACAACUUUUACAGUCCCUAGAGAUGCUGUGAUAUUUCGGCAGCGUAUCACACCAUGUGAGAAGGCACUGCUUCCAGAGGGCUCAUUGGAGCUGCUGUACUACUGAAAGGAAACAAAGGAGGUUGUGAAAUCCAUACAGUGAUAAAAGGUCAGGGAGUCUUAUAACUGAAUGACUUUGUUGGCAUCGUGUCAUCCCUUAGUGCUGGGAACCAGAGAUGCCCCCAUGCUCUCAUGCCAGUGCCAGGACGGUGUCGCUCAGCCAGGACUGUGGGAAGAGCAGGUAGAUGAAGUUUGGCUUGAGGCAAAGGUUUCCGUCUUGGGGACUGACCAGCCAGGGUUCUUUGUAAAUGUUUUUCCUUGCACACUAAUCAUCUUGAAGAAAACACUAGCUGCUAACUCUAGGAUUUGCCUUUAAUAUGUUUAUAGGGCUCAAAAGCGAGGUUUUCCGAAUGUGUUUGUCCACGUGACAUAUUUAUAUAGUAAAUAGUGUCUCGCUGCUGUUCAGUACCCGACAGGGCAGCGCUCUUUCGUUAGCUAAAUUAACAUCCACUCCCAGUCCUCAACUCUCUGCCAGUGUCUGGUGAAUCCAGCUGGGAUUUCUAGCAUUGUAAUGUAGCGUAUCACUCUAAUUGAAGAUGGAAACUCCACCAAAACAUGUUUGAGCAGCCCCUUUGUAAGGAGUUUUGUUGUACUAACAGUUGACAGAAGCCUGGGAGGAGGUGUGGGUCCCAUGGAGGUUCCUCUGGAUGCUCCUGGGGGCAAGUGGUGACUGUGAAUUGUCCUGUCCUUCCCUCUGCUAUGUUUUUAUGUGGAAUUGGAUGUUUUGGGGUCACUCUUUUGCAUUGCAGUGUUGUUGAAAUGAAGCGAAACUCAUUUAGGAAAGGUACCUGUGUUUUCCUAGGUUUGGAAGGAGAGAUAAAACCAAAAUGAAAGGCCAAAAUUGUAUUGGGGUUCACCAUGUGAUUGUGGAGGGUGUGCCCAGAGCAUGGUGCUAACAUAGCAUUUUGAGUUCAGCUCCUCUAUCCCAAACAGCAGCAGCUACAGUGGGGACAGGCUAUACCUGCAAGUUCAGUGGGUUCAUUCUUCUGCUUCUGUUAUGGUUUGAAUUUGGUCAAAGUCUCUGGCUUAAAUUGAGCUACUUCAACAGAAUUCUCUCAACACAUCUAUUUGUGUAAUGUCAAGCAUGACUGAAUGCUGAAUCCAAAUGAUGGCUAUCCCAUAUUGGCUUUUUUGUAUUCAAAAAGAAUUGUGUAGUAACCAUUUUUACAUGUAUAUCAUGUGCAGACCUGGACUAUUCCAACAAGUUAAUAUUUUAAUUAAAAUAGUUUGCAAAAACUGA